GAGUUUGGAAACAAUCAGGGAAGUUCACUUCACUGUGUUUUGCUUAGUUUAUCCAAUUUAAUCAAACCUACGCAUCGUAAAAUGCUCAAAGAUACUACAAGCGAUUUCCCGUCAGAUGGUGUGACGAAGUCACCCAACGACAAACGCGUAUACAAAGCGUACCGCGCUAGCAAUGAUAUGCGGGUCCUACUUAUUAGCGACCCAGAGACCGAUAAAGCGGCAGCGUGUAUGACAGUAAAUGUUGGCUCUCUAUGCGACCCUCGGCAAUUGCCUGGCUUGGCACACUUUUGUGAGCACAUGCUGUUUUUGGGCACGGAAAAGUAUCCACAAGAAAAUACUUACUCAAAAUUCAUUUCGGAUCACGGCGGACACUGCAAUGCUGCUACAAAACCGGAUGAAACUUCGUUUGCUUUUGAUAUCAACCCGGCCAAUUUGGAAGAAGCUUUAGAUAUUUUCGCUCAGUUUUUCAUAUCUCCUUUAUUCACAGAAUCUGCUACGGAUAGAGAAAUAAACGCGAUUCAGGCUGAAUUUGAAAAGAACCUCACCAAUGAUACACGUCGGCUUUUUCAAUUGGAGCGUUCUUUGUCCUUACCGGGUCACGAGUAUUCGCGAUUCUUUUCAGGCAACCGGUUAUCACUGCAUCAGUCUCCGUGUGCGCGGAGUGUAAACGUCCGGGAACAGUUGCUGGAGUUCCACGAACAAUGGUAUUCAGCAAAUUUGAUGGCUCUUGUGUCUGAUGUGGGUGUUUAUUUUGUUUCAUUUUACUUCAUAAUAACAUUUGUAACACGUGAGCCCCCAUUGGAAUUGGAAUCACGAAGCUGCAUUCAAUCAUUAAAGAAAGGAAAGGCUGCGGGACCUGAUGGGCUUUUCCUUAUUCUUUUCAAGGUGGGCGGUGAUUCUCUUGUCGACUCAAUUGCUAGCUUACUUCGCAGCAUUUGGACGGAGGAGCGUAUCUCAUUGUCCUGGGAUGAAUCGUUAAUCGUCCCGAUCUUCAAGAAAAGAUCACGCAACGACUGCGCUAACCACCGUGGGAUUAGUUUAGUUCUGAGAAUCUGA